AUGAUAAUAUCAUUUCUGCAUUUAGUUAAAAAAUCAAAUAGAAGUAGAUAAAAAUAGUAUAUAAUAAAGAUUAAUAUCAAUGGGUCUGCGGACAACAGGUUUUUCGGGAGUGAGGAAAAUAUGGUUCCUAGCCUUAUGGAUUUUCACAAUUUAUCUGACAUAUUUGUAUACAUCUGGACAUCCGAAAGAUACUGAUUCAUCCUCAUCGUUUAUCAAUAGAGAUAUUAUGAUGGUUAAAAAUGCUCAAGAAUAUCAUUAUAAUCCAGAUCAAAAGACUUCUCAUGCCAACAGUCGAGAACUCCCUGUUAUUUUCAUUGGAGGAAUGCCACGCAGUGGAACAACUUUAAUGCGAACGAUGCUUGACGCUCAUGACGAUAUCAGAUGUGGACAAGAAACCAGGGUUAUACCAAGACUUUUGUUUAUGAGGAAUAACUGGAUAAGGUCUUCCAAAGAGAAAAAAAGGCUGGAAGAGGCAGGUGUAUUGCCUGGUGUAUUAGAUGAGGCCGUCAGUCAAUUUAUUCUGGAAAUAAUAUUAAAUCAUGGAGAGCCUGCCAAACAUUAUUGUAACAAGGAUCCUUUUACCUUAAAAGCCACAACAUAUCUGCAUGAACUCUUUCCAAAUGCCAAAUUUCUAUUGAUGUUACGAGAUGGACGAGCAACUGCGCAUUCAAUUAUUAGUAGAAAAGUAACGAUAGCUGGUUUCGACAUUACAAGUUACAGGGAUGUAUUGACAAAAUGGAACAAAGCAAUGGAACUUAUAAAUGGGCAAUGUCAGCAAGUCGGAACUAAGUAUUGUCUUCCCGUUCAUUAUGAAAAGUUAGUUCUUCAACCUCUUUCAGAAACAAAGCGCAUUUUCAAGUUUUUGAAUAUUCCGUGGUCAGAAAAUGUAAUGCAUCACGAGAAACAUAUGAGUGACAUACAACUUUCAAAAUUGGAAAAGUCGACGGACCAAGUUCAACGUCCUUUAUAUUUGGAUGCAUUGACUAGUUGGUUCGGACACAUUCCAGAAGAUGUUGAGAGAGAUAUGGCCAAGAUUGCACCAAUGUUAUCGAAACUGGGUUACGACCCAUAUAAUCCUCGACCUAAUUUCGGAGAACCAGACGAAUUCAUCAAAAAAUUGGUGGCUGGUAACAGUAGUUCUGUACAUUGAUGCCAGUGAAUUAACACGAAUGAUGGAACAACCAAGAUAUAAGGACUGCGGAAGACACAGCAAUGUAGUCCAGUGUGGACAUUGAAUAGAAUAGAGACAGGCUGCAUGCAGUAUAUGCCUAAGAGAGUGGCUCCUGGCUGUGUUUAUUUUCACAUCAUAGAUGUUUUAUCACAGAUUACACAAGAUCCGUACUUAACAGAGAUUGGGUUGGGCCCAGAUUAAUUUCAACUUCAGAUAUUUAGAGUUCUGAGCACCGCGAGAAUUCAUUCGUUUUUUAUAGUAAUUUGUAUUUAUACAAACAUAUAUAUAUAUAGUUAAAAUACGGAGAUUUGUUUACGGGUUUCCUAGAGCAGUAUUUCUCUACCUUUUUUCUGUCAUGGCCCACAUUCGUUGCAUAAAAAUUUUGUGGCCCAUAAACUUUUUAAAACAAGGGUAACUCUACAA